CAGAUUAGCGGUAUACAAGGAUGUAAACUCUGGACUGCUAGUUUGUGGAGGCAGAAUUCAAAUGUUCAAUGAAGAUAAGACGGCAGUACCAGUUUUACCCUUUGAAGCAUGGGUGUCUACAUUGCUGGCACAAGAAUCCCACAAAGCAAACCACGAGGGAGUGGCAGGAACUCUUCUCCGGAUGAGGAAGAAAGCCUGGGUGAUAAAAGGCCGAAGACUUGCUAAGAAAACGGUUGACAGCUGUGUGGUCUGCAGAAAACAUAAGGCAAAACAGUGUCAACAAAUCAUGGCUGACCUGCCUCUGGAACGAACUGGCCCAGCUGCACCUUUUGAAUUCACCACCAUGGACCUGUUUGGCCCUUAUGAAGUUAAAGAUGAGGUCAAGAAGAGAACUAGACUCAGAGUAUGGGGAAUCGUCUUCUGCUGCAUGGCUUCCCGAGCCAUACACACUGAAGUGGUGAGUGACAUGUCAUCAGAAGGAUUCCUGCUAGCCUAUCAAAGAUUCACUUCACUGAGAGGACACCCAAGGAAACUCUGGUCAGACCCAGGCACUAACUUUGUAGGGGCCAAGCCUGCUCUGGAACAGCUUCACAAGUUCCUUGACCGACUAAACAAGUAUGAACUUGAAGACACAGCUGCCAAACAUGGAACAGAGUGGUCUUGGAAGAUCCACCCUGCAGACUCCCCGCAUAGGAAUGGUGCAGCAGAGGCAGCUGUUAAAGUAGUGAAGCGGGCAUUAAGCAACCUUGGUGGAGAUGGCGUUUUUUCAUGGGGAGAAUUCCAAACGUUCCUCUUCAUGGCAGCCAACCUUGCAAAUGAGAGACCCAUUGAUGCAAGAACUCAAAGCAGAGAAGACUGUAUAGAGUACAUCACACCAAAUUCUCUGCUUUUAGGACGUGCAAGUCCAAAGGGAGACCCUGGAGAUUUCCAGUUUGAAGGCUACCCCUACAAAAGACUUCAAAGUAUCCAAGCGGAAGUAAACAAAUUCUGGAGGAAGUGGAGCCAAUUGGCUGGCCCUAAUCUGUUCAUAAGGAACAAAUGGCACACCGAAAAUCGAAACGUUGCUGUUGGAGAUGUGGUCUGGUUGGCUGACCAAAACGCCUUGAGAGGACAGUACAAGCUGGCUAGAGUGGUCAGUGUUAAUGCUGACAGCAAAGGCAUUGUAAGAGAUGUGCUUGUGAAGACUUUUCCCAGCUAUCCUGUUCCCAUCACAAAGCCAAAUGACAAGAAAGGGCCCACAAAGGAAAAAAGUGCAAGAACCAAGAGGCUUCAGACGAAGAUCCCAGCCACAAUUCUUCAUAGAGAUGUCAGACGCCUUGUCAUUCUACUUCCCACUGAAGAACAAUGAGAGGUGUAAAGGACUUGUGACCUCGCUGAGUUUGGAAAAACCAGGAGGUCAAGUGGGAGGUGUUGAGCUGAAUCUCAGGACAUGGGACCUUUAAAAAAAAAAAAAACAAAAAAAACAAAAAAAAAAACUACACUUCCCAGAAUGCACUGGUAGCAGCAAGGAGGGACCUGACACCUGGUGCUUGACAGCUUGACACCUGAUCAGUGAUCACUGAUAUAGAGCACCUGGGAAGGACUGGGGGAAGCUCAGCCAGUCUGGCAAACACACUUCAGAAGAGAGACACGAGGAAAGAACAAAGAAGAGCCAAGUCCACUCAUGGAUUCAGUCCAAAGACGCCAAUGGUUUACAACCUAUUGAAAUACUCUGACCAACCAACUAGAAGGAAAAUAAAGUUUUGUGUUGGAAGUUUAAAA